GAGGCGGGAGUGACCCACAGCAGCUGACCCAGCUCGGGCACUGCCUCUCCCACAGCCCUUAGGACACACCAUGGGCCCGGAGGCUGGUUGGUGGCACACGAGCGAGGACGCAGGCGGCGGCCCCGGCGACUCUCAACUACCUCCCUGACCACUGCGACAACCUCCCCGAAGUCAUCGCCACCACCCGCAGCGGAAUCUAACCGCGGCCAAUCCGUCGCCACGGACCGACUACCAGCUACGUAAAAACAACUAUGGCGGGAGAGAGGUGGCAGGCCGAGGGGCCCGGAGAAGGCUGGGCCAUCUAUGCCACACCCAGAGCCCCCAUCCGGGAGCGAAGGCGGGGGCCCGACCCGCAAAAUGGCGACAGCAGUGACGCGCCUACGUACGGAGCACACCCGUCGCGCCGCGGACGACGGGAAGUGAGGUUUUCAGAAGAGCCGGCAGAAGUGUACGGCGACUACGAGCCCCGGGCGGCCAAAGAAACGUCUCCGGGGGGGAGACGAACCCCGCCAGAAAAGUUCCGGCCGGCGUCAGCGAGAGAGGAAGUGAGAGAAAGCGCUUACAACCUUCGCUCUCGACCGCGGAGGCAGCGGCGAGCCCAGGAAGCCGAGGAGAUGAAGACGCGGAGGGCUACUCGCCUUGAGCAGCACUCCCAGCAGCCGCAGCUGUCUCCCUCCACGAGCGGCCGAGGGUUACGGGACUCUCAGUCCUCCAGUGAGGACCGCGGAGAGGAUGAACCUUCUUCCCAACCUGUUACAAGCCAAAUAGCCUCAAAGAAAACUGUUAGAACACCAGAGGCUUCAGCGAUGAAUGAAGACCCUAUAAGUAACUUAUGCAGACCCCCAUUAAGAAGCCCAAGACUUGAUUCAACAUACCAAACAAAUGGAAAUACUAAAAGGAAUGAAAGAGAAGCUACCAUUGUCCAACAGGUCAAUUUCUUCGAAGAAGGAGAAACUGAAGAUGAUCUCGAGAGCUCUUACAGUGACAUCACUAUCCGGGUCAGAUCCAAUGAUUCUCUUGAGUCUAGAGAUGAAGCCACCCCAGCAGCUGGUCAUCAUCCAGAAUCACCAAGGGGGUUACCACACAGUCAGGACUUCCCAGCUCAUGAGAAUCGGCCAUUACUGCUGACCUCAGGAUAUCAGAAAAACCCUCAGGAGUGGGUUGACCAAGCUGUAAGGAUGAGGGGUAGAAUGGCGUAUAACAACAUUCAGAAAUCCAACUUUGGAAACCAGUCUCCAUCAACCUCCAGGCAACAAGUGGCUGUACAACCCCCAAAUGAAUCUUCUGUCAAGAUAAAGUGGUAUGUGCUGGGACUUGUUGCCACCGUUGCAGUAUUAUUUUGGUCCUUUUCUACCCCUGCGGUGGAAACCACUGCUGUUCAAGAAUUCCAGAACCAGAUGAAACAACUCCAGUCUAAGUACCAGAGUCAAAACGAGAAGCUGUGGAAGAGAGGCACAACCUUCCUAGAAAAACAUCUGAAUAGCUCCCUCCCUCGGCCCCAGCCUGCCAUCCUGUUGCUCACUGCAGCUCAAGAUGCUGCAGAAGUGCUCAAGUGUCUGAGUGAACAAAUUGCCGACGCCUACUCUUCCUUCCGUAGUGUCCGUGCCAUCCGGAUUGACGGGGCAGGUAAAGCUGCUCAGGACAGUGACAUUGUCAAGCAUGAAGUCGAUCAGGAGCUGACUGAUGGAUUUAGAAAUGGCCAGAAUGCAGCUGUGGUACACCGCUUCGAAUCCCUGCCUGCUGGCUCAACCUUGAUCUUCUAUAAAUACUGUGACCAUGAAAAUGCAGCCUUCAAAGAUGUAGCCCUCGUCCUGACUGUACUGUUGGAGGAGAAGACGCUGGAAGCCAGUCUAGGCCUAAAGGAAAUUGAAGAGAAAGUGAGGGAUUUCCUUAAAGUCAAGUUCACCAGCUCUAGCACGGCCAACUCCUACAAUCACAUGGACCCAGACAAGCUGAAUGGGCUCUGGAGCCGCAUCUCCCACCUCGUGCUGCCUGUGCAGCCUGAGAACGCUCUGAAAGCAGGCAGCUGCUUAUAAGGGAGAGAAGCGAAAACCCAUCUCGGAUUUGAACAAUUUUCAGACCUUGUAACCAGAGAUGGAAUUUGGAACAGUUUUUGAAAACUGGUUUCUUUUUAAAGGAAGUAAAGUUCAUACAUAAAAGUGGAAUAACUAAAUCAUUAAUCAGCCUAAUUAUCUGUGAUUUGAGAGAAUUGUUUCUCUAUUUCCACUCUAAACCAUGUUAAAGGUAUUUAGCAUAGUGUACAGUAUAUGUAGUUCCCGAGUGUCUGCCUUGAUUCUGGCCAAAUCAUUCUUGCUGUGGUGUGACCAGUGAGAAGGACUAGGUUCCUCUCUCAAAGAAUCAGCUUUAUAUUUAACUUUGGAUUUAUAUGUGUUUGUGAUUUUAUUAAUGGCUGACAGCUCUCUAAUUGUAGCUGUGGAUUCCCCAUUAUCUUUUCUCUCAUACCAUUUAAAUGUGUGAUCCUUAGCUCCUACCUAUAAAAACAGAACUGGGUGUGUGGUUUAGCCAGCCCCUCCCUCACUGGUCUUUAGAGAGGGGAGGAGGGAUUUGGAGGUAGAAAGAGAAGAGAAAUUGUUCAAUAGAGAAGGAAAAGGAAGAAGGGAAAAAAGAUAGUUGCAAGCUGGACACGGUAAACCUCAACCUGUGAUCUGUCUCAGUAUUGUCUCAGGGGAGUCAGGAGGAGCAGAAGUUCAAGGCCAGCCUCAUCUAGUUAGUGGGGUUUCUGCCACCCUGGGCUACA